GGUUAAUGGUUAUUAUGCAGCUGAUUCCGUCAUUUUGGUCAUGAAAGAUUUCUCUUGUUAUCAAGCAUAGCAUUAUUAUGAGCUUUUGGUGUUGGAUUGUCACAGUUUACUCUUGAGGUCCAUUCUUGAUUUCUUGCUACAAAAAUACAAUAUAAGAAUUGACUUCUUUCAGAAGGAAGUGAUUGGAGGCUUUAUAUUAAUGUGUUGAAAAACUGUAAACCACUAAACCUCCUACCCCAGACAAAAAUGUCAGCCGGACAAGAUGGAUUUCUAGGCCGAUCGAAGGCGGAAUGGACGCCGACUCGCGACGCGUACUUGGUGGAACUACUCAGAGAGCAGCACAAGAAUGGAAGAACAGCUUACAAUGAAUUCAAGAAUGAAGUGAUUAAGGCUGUCACAUGGGAUUUCAACAAGAAGUUUUGCUUGAACUUGGAAGAGAAUCAAAUCAAGAAUCGAUACAAUGUUAUGAAGAAAGAUUAUGGUGUUGUCAAAACACUACUUAGUCACAAGGAAUUUGCCUGGGAUGAAACUAGGCACAUGGUUGUGGCUGAUGAUAAAGUUUGGGACAGUUAUAUUAUGGUAAGAUGUGAAGCUAGACCUUUUCGGCGCAAGAGCUUCCCUCUGUAUAAACAGAUGGCAAUCAUAUUUGAAGGGGAAAGAGGCACUCCAAAAGCUCAUUUUCCAAGUGGAGCAAUAGCUACAGCAGAAGAAGGAAAUAGCUACACAGAAACGGUCCGGUCUUCAGAACCAUGUAAUCUUCCAACACAAGUAAUUGAUGGCACGCUUGAUUCUGAUUCGAUAAUCCGGAUCAACAACCUGCGAAUCAAGAAGAACAAAUUUGUCAGUCCAAGCGAAUCAUUUCGCAAGAAAAGAGCACACUGCAAAUUUGGCGAAACUAUAGAGAACGUCUUGUAUGAGGUUUUUACAGCAGCUAAGUGCAAAGCCAAGCAGAGAAAUGAAGCCAAUGCAACAAUGUAUAAGAACUGCUUGGUGGAAUUGCAGAAAUUGGAGGAGUUGGAUGAGUUUGAGUUUGCAAAGGCUGUUAAUGCUCUUAAAGAUGACAAGAACGCCAUUGCUUUCAUGACUAUAAAAGGGCCUAGACGUUUAACUUGGUUAAGGUCUUUAUGGCACUCAGAGCAGUAACAUUGAUAGUCAAUUUGGCAGAAUUAGACAAUCAUGUUUCAACAAAAAAUUCUAUUCUUCUGAGAUUAAUAUUUACCUAUGCAUUCUUUAUUCACUUGGGAUCAUAUUUGCUAUGACUAAUUUAUGAUUUAUGGGAAGAGACCACUUCUCUUUUUAAAGCACAAGUUAUAACAACAUGCAAAAUCUUGGAACCAGGAACACUCUAGCAUGGGGUCCCUUGCUUAUUGGUUACUACUGACAGACAGUUAAGCUUCUUUUAUAGUUUUAUCAAAGCAAAUCUAAUUUCUUUCUAAAAAGUGCUACCUUCUAAUGCUAUUAAUAUAAGAAAUUCAGUAUUAGAAGGAAAAUAAGGAAAAGUUGGCAAUGGGGCGUAAGUGGCAUAGUUCCGUUCUAUAAAUAGUAGAACCUGUGGCUAGUGUUUAGUGGUUAGUGGUUACUUAAGAUAAAGGUUAGCAAAAUCAAAAAGAAUAGAAAGGAUUUUUUUUUCUUUUUUCUUUUUGGCGGUAAAGACUAUAUUAUUAUUGGAGCUAACUCAGCUAAGAAACAGUGAAGUGAGUCAGCAAACAGAAACCAGAAAUUUACCCAAGCAAGAAAAAAAACAGAAAAG